AUGUCUUCAAGUGCUCCACUACAUACCGUACUCUUCCAAUACUCCUACCUCCUCCCCAUCGCCUUCCUUCUCUCCUAUACCCUUUACCAACGCUUCUUCUCCCCGCUCUCUCGCAUCCCCGGCCCGUUCCUCGCCUCCCUGACCCGUUGGUACCUCGUCUACCAAACGCGCGCCAACCACUACAACCGCACCGCGCAGCAUCUGCACGCCAAAUACGGCCCCGUGGUGCGCAUCGCGCCCGACGAGGUGAGCGUCGCGGACCCCGAAGCUAUCCGCAAGAUCUAUGGCGCUGGCAACAAGUUCAGGAAGAGCGAUUGGUAUUCGGUGUUCCAGGGUGGACGGAAGUUCGACCUCUUUGCGGGACGGGAUGAGAGGGUGCAUGGGCAGCAGAGGAAGAUGGUGGCCAGGGCGUAUACGAUGGAGACGCUGAAGGAUUUGGAACCGUACGUGGAUAAUUGCAUUGCGGUUUUGCGGCGAAAGAUGGAGGACGGUAUGGGGAAGAGCGUAGAUCUCGCCAAAUGGGUUCAACUCUUCGCAUUCGACGUUAUCGGCGAAGUCACCUGGUCCACCUCCUUCGGCUUCCUCGAAGCCGCCCGCGACGACGGCACCUUCAGCACCAUCAUCGAUAUCAUCGAGUCGGGCGCUUGGCUCGGUCAAGUCCCCUACAUCUUCACCCUGCACGAGCUGCUCAAGCCCUACAUCGGCAGCUGGCUCGGGGUCAACGCGCGGCAUGGGGGGCUGCGCAACUUCGCUCUGCGCGAGACAGCCAAGCGCAAGGAGAACCCCGGCGGCAAGCGCGACAUAGUUUCGCGACUAUUCGAAACGCACGAGAAGCAGCCCGAGGAGUAUACCUACGCGGACGUCGUGAGCAUGGCGACGAGUAAUAUCAAUGCGGGGAGCGAUACUACGGCGAUUACUAUACGCGCUAUUCUGUACUAUUUGCUGAAGAAUGCGGAUGCGCAAGCGAGGUUGGUUGGGGAGAUUGAUGAUGCGAGGAGCUGCGGCGAACUCAGCAACCCGGUAACCUUCGAUGAGGCGAUGAAGCUCAAGUACCUUCAAGCCACUAUGCACGAGGGCCUCCGCAUGCAUCCAGCUGUUGGCAUGAAUCUUCCGCGAGUCGUUCCCCCUGGUGGGACGGAGAUUGGAGGUUACUAUGUCCCUGGGGGGAAUGUGGUCGGUGUCAAUGCAUGGGUGAUGCAUUUGAACAAAGACAUCUACGGGGACGACGCAGAUAAAUUCCGCCCGGAGCGGUGGCUGGAGAGGGAUACAGGGGAUAUGUUGCGAUAUUUCAUGUCCUUCGGCGCCGGCUCACGAGCCUGCAUCGGACGCAACAUUUCCUGGCUCGAAAUGUCCAAACUCAUCCCCACGCUGUUCCUAAACUACACCAUCGAGCUCGUUGAUCCUUCUAAAGACUGGUCCGAGGAGUGCACAUUUUUCGUCCAGCAGAAAGACAUUGACGUUUAUUUGAGGCCCAGACCAGAUCCUGCUGGGCAGGCUUGAAGUGGGAAAUUUGUUUUGGGGAUGCCGGAGUGGAGAGAAUGUUGAGUGGGCGCAAGGAUAGGCUGUCGUUUCCCUGUCUACGCUUUGGGGUGGAACGUUCCCCACGGGAAUAAUAUGUCAGAAUGUUUACGU